GAUGCAUGUUUCCUUUUACUUACCAUGCUCGCGGAAGGAAAUCGCUGUGUUCUUGUGCAUUCUCAAGUUGGAUGUUCUGAAGACUCUGUUCCAACCAUUAGGAGGCUUGAAUCUGAGUCAAGGGAUUUCAAGAGUAAUGCAAUGCGUCGCUAAGUGGUGUAUGUGGAAUGUUGCCGUAAUUUUGUUCGGUUGAUACAGCUUGAUCCCGAUGUUCCUAGCCUCGAAGUGUUUCAUCGAGAUGGGAGAAGCCUUCGAGAGCCACUUUGGAGCCACUUAGUCCAAAAGUCACAGUCUGAAUGCCUUUGCUAUAAAGCGAUCUCCGUUGCAAUGUCACUUGAACAAUUUCCCCCAUGUCCAAACUCAACCCUGAAGUUCUGCUGGCGCAGGCGGUCUCUGACGCGGCAUCGCUUGCUGUAUCUCUCACAACAAGUUCUGAUGGGACUACCGUGUACGGCAUUGGAGCUACUUCCGGUCGCGCUAUACUUGCAGUUGGCCAACUCGCUUUACGUGGAAUAGAGAACGCAUACAUCCUCAUAAGACUUAUCAGUAUUCGGAACCAGUUACGCCAACGUGGAGACAUUUCAUAUGGUCUUGUUGACGACUUGCUUGAGUUCCAGAGAAUCAACCUGUAUUCGGAUACAGUGAGGCGAUGGGCGUGGUCGAUGAUCGGUGUAUUGUUGAAGAGACAACAAGUUGAACAUUUCACCCAAGUACUGGCCACAUGGCCCCCGCUGGAAACACAACUGUUCCUCCGCCAACUUGUGGCGUACCGCUUUGUCGGAUGGGACCAGGAAGAAAGUAUCCGUCGAUUCUUUGCAGUCACACAGAGCGUCAGAACCAUUGUGCUUUCCCUCCUCGACAAGGACCCGCUAUUCCUUCAAGGCAUAUUCGAUGCAUCUGACUUCGCAACAUUCCUGAUUCCGGGGCUUCAUCAUGGUCAUUCUGUCAAUUUCUCGCUGUCCUCCUUUUUUGAACACCUUUGUGUGAACUACAAAGAUGAGGAAAAACGAACCCGCAUCAUCGAGGAUAUGGGCAGGUACCUUUGCGCUGAAGGCCCCGAACAGAUUAAACCGGUUGUUGACCACAUCCUGGAGGCAUUGCGGUAUAUGACGGCGGACUAUCAAUUUCAGGAUCGAAAGGCUAGAAUAAGGCAUAGAAUCAGCGGGGCGAUGCCUUACCUCUCUUUCGCCCAUCAUCUGGCUAGUGUCAGCCCUGUUGCCUGCCAACUCUUCGUCGAACGCAGAACGUGGGACACCGUUGAAAGGUUUUGUGUCUACGGGUUUCCCAACGUUUCGUGCGAUCACUACCAAACAACUGUCAAAUCUAGUGUCCAUAUUCGAUGGUUGGCCUGGUUGACCUGUUGUCAGCUCCUAGUGCAUCUAUACCCGGAACAUGGAUGGUCCUGGAUCGAACUUGAUCCUGAAUACGUAGCCGUUAUCCUAGACACCUUCAAGAAUAUGAACCCUUGCAAGGAUAUAAUUCCAUUUGGUCAAUUGCCCGGUGCGGCUUAUUCAAGUUAUGCUCAAACAUGGAACACAGUACUUCAUGCCAUGGUUUCGGAUCGCGGUACACGAAUAGCUGAAAUCGUGUCGCAAAACCUAACAAAGGAUAUCAAAGUGCGAUUUCUUCGGGAUCUGUCUGGUUACAAGAAUUGCGGGUGGUUUCGCAAUGCCGGCGUUUUCAGUUCUAUAACAGAUUAUUACGCGUCUAGUCGAGUGUUACUUGACCACGCACUGCAUAAUUUGCUGUAUGAUCUGGCGACAAAUGAUCCCACACUGCUUCUGGAGGCAUAUGGUCUAUCCGGUUUCACCAGAAUUCUUAUGAGCUCUGACUACCUGGUCAGACGUCAAGGCAGAAACAACUCUUCGUCUGCGUUAUCAUCGUUUAUUGGCUACGUGGUGUUUCUAUGCCACCGUGCGGAAGACGAUUGGGGCCUUCCAGGGCCACUUAUACCCCUGGUAGAACUUCUCAAGUAUACUGAUGCCACCGUUGUCAGGCCUUUGCUUGAACGGGUCAUGGAUGCUCUGUGGUUUUUCACCUGCAGCCAGUAUUAUCCGGAAGAUCUAGCGCAACUCGCGGAUGAAUUCGACUAUCUACCACCCAACGCAGUUGUCCAUCCCAUCCAUCCGUUCCUACUCCUGGUCUAUCAUCUUAGCAUGUCUAAUUCUGACAUCGCUCAUGCACUGUGCGAAGAUGGGCUGAUCGAUGUUCUCGAGAAACUUUGGCUUACUAAGUGCAGUCAAAUGUUUGGUGAUAGCUCGUAUCGUGCACAAUAUAAAGCCUGGCGGCGAAUGUGUGCUGGUAUACUUCUCAUUCUCAGCGUGCUUCUGCAUACCACAGGAUGCAGCGAUCGUGUUCUGAGAAGCGAUUUACUUCCUCGGCUUCUUCCUGAAGACAUUCAUGUCAACGCCAUCCGUCAACACUCCAGUGAUGAGGGCAUCCAAGUACUUAUCCUUCGCUCUGUUGAGUAUUCCUUGCUUUCUGCGAAAGAUGCGUGUCCAGAUUUGUGGACAAUCAUCCUGUCGCUACCUCUACGACGCAAUCAGGCAGCAUGUCGAGACCAGGAAACAAACAUAUCCGCCUUAGACGGCGAGGUUGCGCGGUUGCUUAUCUGUAUCACAGCAUUGCCAGAACAUCGGUGGAGAAACGUUUUGGAAGGAAUGCGAUACAACACCGAAGAAGAACUUCGCUACGCCUUAACAGCAGUUAUUGAAUAUAUAAGGCGUCUUAGCGAAUCAACGCAGAGCCGCCAGCUUUUGACACGAAAGCUUGACGAAAUGCACACCUUUGGAUUCCUCUCCUGGUCAGAAAGCAUGAACCCUGUGGAGUCCUUCAUCACUCUACUCGCCGCAGCGAAAUCGGAUAAGCGGAUCACAGUUCUUACCUUGCUUGCAAUUGGUCUCCCCUCGCUGCUGGAUGAUUUCUAUAAUGGCACAUUCAAUAUCCUUCAACGUGGUGGCCCCCAUACUGAUUCGCAACGAGAUGGCAUUACAUCCAUUUGUCAGACGCUCCGUUAUGACAUGAAUAUAGCUUUGAAGCUUACCAACAAAGAUCGUACUACUCGUGAAACUCGCUUGCUAAUUUGAUUUACUGUGAAGGGCCUUUUACACUAGAAGUCCUAGGAGUACUAUUUUCAACUCACAAUUACCUUUCUGAAUCUAUCUAAUGUUUGAAGACUACAGUAACUUGUCUAUCAUAUAUUUCUGAUGUUGAUCAUGACAUAGCAGAUACCCAAAUCCUCUCUUGCGAAAUAUACCCUUCAAAAGCU